CUUGUGUCAGCUGCUCCGAACUCCUGUAGGCCCAGAUCUAGAUAGUCCCUGAGCGACUGAUAAGUGAAAACACACAGAGAUUCUCCGGUAACUUCAACCACAGACAGAUGGCUGGAAAACAUCUCUUCUCCGGCAAUGCAACCAGAGACAGAUCCUCCUCGCACCCCUCCUUUCGUACUCCUACCACGUCAUCAUUAUUCCUCUUCGUCAUUAUCCUUCUCGCCAUCGGAUUAGUUUUCUUCUUCUUCUCUUCCUCCACCUCCCACACGCCCUCCCACUCCUCUCUCCCAUUGUUCCCAGAUCCCAACUCUAACGUCAAACCAGAUUUCUCUUUCGUUGCCUCUCUCGAGAAAUUCCUUACAACCAGAUCUCACGGUCUGAAAUCGCAGCCUGCUUCGGACGAUUCGGUGGGUGUCGAUGCGGAUGAAGAAGCUGUAAAGGCUUUGGACAAUUCGAUCUGGAAGACUGAAAUGGAGAGGAUUCACGAGAAUCCAUUCUUUCCGGCUCCGACUCCGCCGGCUUCGGUUCUCAGGGUUUAUGUCUACGAAAUGCCGUCGAAAUUUACUUAUGAUCUACUUUGGCUGUUUAGAAACACAUACAAGGAAACAUCAAAUCUAACUUCUAAUGGCAGCCCUGUUCAUCGCUUAAUCGAACAGCAUUCCAUUGAUUACUGGCUAUGGGCGGACCUGAUUGCUCCAAAAUCAGAGAGGCUACUGAAAAAUGUUAUAAGGGUCCAUCGGCAAGAGGAAGCGGACCUGUUUUACAUCCCGUUCUUCACUACUAUCAGCUUCUUCUUAUUGGAGAAACAGCAGUGCAAGGCUCUUUACAGGGAGGCUUUGAAAUGGGUGACAGAUCAACCCGCCUGGAAGCGAUCUGAAGGAAGGGACCAUAUACUUCCAGUUCAUCAUCCUUGGUCAUUCAAGUCCGUCAGAAGAUUUAUGAAAAAGGCAAUUUGGCUUUUACCAGAUAUGGACUCCACAGGAAACUGGUACAAGCCUGGUGAAGUAUGGCUGGAAAAAGACCUUAUUCUUCCUUAUGUUUCAAAUGUUGAUGUAUGCGAUGAGAAAUGCCUGUCAGAAAGUGAAUCAAAGAGAACCACAUUGCUUUUCUUUCGUGGCAGGCUCAAAAGAAAUGCUGGAGGAAAGAUACGUGCAAAAAUUGUAUCAGAAUUAAAUGGUGCUGAGGGUGUUGUUAUAGAGGAGGGAACAGCUGGGCAGGGAGGAAAAGCAGCUGCUCAGGAUGGCAUGCGCAAAUCUAUUUUUUGUCUAAGUCCAGCUGGAGACACUCCAUCAUCUGCUAGAUUGUUUGAUGCCAUUGUUAGUGGUUGCAUCCCUGUUAUAAUCAGUGAUGAAUUGGAGCUUCCCUUUGAAGGAAUACUUGAUUAUCGGAAGAUAGUUUUAUUUGUCUCCUCAAGUGAUGCUGUUCAACCAGGCUGGCUUCUAACAUUCCUCAAGAGUAUCAGUCCUUCACAAAUAAGAGAAAUGCACACCAACCUUGCCAAGUACUCAAGACAUUUCCUAUACUCUAAUCCAGCUCAACCCCUUGGCCCAGAGGAUUUGACCUGGAGAAUGAUUGCAGGUAAGUUGUUGAACAUCAAACUACUUAUCCGUAGAUCACAGCGAGUAGUGAAAGAAUCCAGAAGCCUGUGUACAUGUGAAUGCAAGUACAAAAACAUCACAACCUUAUCAUGAUUAGUUGCUGAUGGCCCAUGCCACCAUGCAUUUUUUUUUCUUAUUUUUCAUGCUAGAUUCUCAUUUCUCUGAUUUUUCCCCUACAAAUGUCUUCAGUUGUUUUGAACACUUCUCUAUUAGUGAGAAAAGAGAUGUAGUUGUUAUUGUGAAUCAUGUAAAUUAUGUUGCUUAUCAAGAUCAUGUAAUAUUUUCCAUUUUAUUUGUAAUGCUCCCGUUAUGCUCAUAGCUGUCAUUUGUUACGUUGGCA